AUGGCGCCGGUAUGGCCAGGGCUCGAGAAACCGAAAGAAUUGGGAGGCAAAAAGAAAAUGGCGCGGGUAUGGCCAGGGCUAGAGAAGUCGAAAGAUUUGGUCGAUGCAAAGGGCAAUGAGAUACGCCAAUACAAUUGUUUUGUGGUUGAGUUCCCAUCAGUUUCUUUCUAA